UUGAGAAAGAGAACAGAUAAGGUGUUAGCUUUUUAUUGUUAUUGCUGUUUGAAAUUUCCCUGAAGGAAGACGUGGGCAAGAAUCAUUACCUCAGUAAACCGGUUAAACAGGAAGGAAAGCUUCUGACAAAGAAGUUACACCCCCUUGAUACUGAAAGCAUAUAGUUCAUCUGGAUGUGUCUGUGAACAGGAAGGCAUAGGAGACUGUAUGUUCUUCUAACAAAUUAUGUGUUUCAGUGGGUAUGUAGCUCCAGUUCUGAACAUUACUCUCUUGAUCUUGGAGCUAUUGUAAGACUUUCCUGAGGAUUAAUAAGACUGAAGAGAAGAAUCAGCCAUGGCAUACUUUGGGAGAGUGCCUUUCUCACACAAUGAAUUUGGUGAAGGACAAGCUGGGGACCAAGCAUUGUACCCAAUGUACCGUUCUGGCUCUGCUGGAGAGGUCUGCCUAGGAUUUGAUCGAAUAGUUGAUGAAGUCAACAAUGAAUUUUUUUUUUAUGGUUCAUCACUUUCACAUCAUCAUGAAGAAAUUUAUUUCCCAUCAGACAUCUUUGGUCUGAAUGUGCCUGACCAACAGUUUUGUGGUCAGCCUCUAGUUGCUUAUGGCGAACUUUACCCUGGAAAUCCUGUCUCUCCCUGGCAACAAGGCACAGUGUCACCAACAGUUGGCUUCAGAUCUUCUUUGCUAUCUGAUUACAGAAACUUCUCUCUGGUGGAUCCCUACCCCUACAGUCAAGAGAGAGAACUCUAUGGAGGGAAUAGUAUAAGUCCAGUCACAAAUGUGUUUGAUUCAAAUGUGGAAAGAGGCAACACAAAUCUGAGUUUUCAGAUAGGUUUUGACAGUGUAGAUGCUCAGUGUCCCAUUUUCUUAGACAACUAUCCAUUUGGACAAGAAGUGAGAGACGAAAGUGGAGAUGGGGAAGCUUGUUUAACCGACACUUCCAGAAGAUGCAACAUAGGACCUACCUGGCCCAGCAGCUCUGAACAUGACAGAGAGGCUACAGGUUGGUCUAUCCAGCUGGUUGAAGCAAAUCAAGGAAGUAAUGAAAAUACAGUUGCUUUUUGCAAUGUAGUGGAGAAAAUAAGAAAUGCCUAUCCUGCUUUUGACUUGAAGACAAACACUGGGAAAAUCUGGAGUGUCACAACAAGGUUCCCAGACUGUAUCCUUGGUGAAUCAAAAUUCAGAAUCAGUGUUUGGACAGAUUCUUCGCUAUAUCCUCUGCUUCUUACACAACGUGCUAGCUGUAUCACUCAUGACUUAAUUGUAGAGAUCCUCCGUUGCACAAAUCGAUACCCAGUCCAGGAGGAAUGCCUUCUAAGUGUUUGCGGGUCUGAUGAAUUCUUACAAAAUAAUCAUACUUUGGGCAGCCAUGAAAGUCUUCGCAAGGCAACCACCUGCAUUCAGCUUCGACUACACAACACUAAUAAUUUGAAGCAAAGUUUGGCUCGAACGCAUGAGGAUGACCAAAGACAGUUCAGUGUGAAUCAGCUGUUAGAAGACAGUUGUGCCUGGAGACUGACUCGACGGAACCUUGUCUCGGUUAUUAUGAAAUAUAGAGGUCAAGUGGAAUAUCUAUUGCAAAAUGAGCACAAGGUUGAUAAUGUGAUUGAAGUAGCUAAAGCAAUCUGCAGUGUCCUCUGUUUUGUGGAAACCAGAGACAUUACUGAUGCAGUCAAGAAACUCCGUGCCGUGCCAUUGGCAAAAGCACAGAUUUCACUUCAAAGUGUGGAAACACCAAACAAAGAGGCUGCUGUGACUGAGCUCUCCAUGGCCAUUUCUUGUCUCAUCCAUGUUUACAGCAGCAGCUUUGAUGCAAAUUUCCAGCUUGCCAGCAUACCUAAAAGCCCUUCAUGUGUGGACAUCAGCCUAGAUUCCCAACUCAGCUUCACUGUUUAUGCUGCCCAUAACAUCCCAGAAGCCUGGGUGAACAGCUACAAAGUUUUCUCUUUUUCCUGUUCACUAACUUAUGCUGGGAAGACAAUAUGUCAAGUGAAGGUUUGCAAAAAUAUACCAGUUAGAAGAUCCUUCUUUUUCCUGGCUGACUGGAAUGAGAAAAUCAACUUUCCUCUACGAAUAAAGGCUCUUCCGAGGGAAACUAUGCUGACAGUAAAACUACUUGGAGUAAACAGCGCCUCUAAAAAUACAGAAGUGCUUGCUUGGACAUGCUCCCCAUUGUAUCCAAAAGAGCGGCUCGUUCAUGGAACUGUGCUGCUUAGCAUGACAUUGUACAGUACGCUUACAACAACAAUGAUUACCCCAGGAAUCUGCAGUACUGAUACACCAACCUCAGUAACAUUACAGAUUGACUUUCCAGAAACUAAUUUGGAGUUCAUUAAACCUGAACCUGAAGAAAGAAGAGGUGAUCUUGAAGAGCCAACCAAAGACUGCCUGAAGCACGUUGCAAGACUUUCACAGAUACAUUCUCUCUUGCUACUCUCAGAGCAACAGAGAAGGACCUUAUGGUUUUAUCGUUACUACUGCAAUAAUCAAAAUUGCUCCCUUCCUCUGGUACUGGGCAGUGCACCCAGUUGGGAUCGAACAACUGUAUCAGAAAUGUAUGCCGUGUUGAGGAGAUGGACAUUUUCCAACCCUCUGGAGGCACUUGGGCUUCUGACUUUCAGUUUUCCAGAUCAAGAUAUUCGCAAGACAGCAGUCCAACAAAUAGAAAAUAUGUCAAAUGAUGAAUUGUUAGAAUACCUCCCACAGCUGGUUCAGGUGCUCAAGUUUGAGUGGAGUCUUGAAAGCCCUCUAGUGAAACUCCUGCUGAAUCGUUCUCUUCAGAGCAUCCAGGUAGCCCACCAACUUUACUGGCUGUUGAAGAAUGCACAGAAUGAAGUUCAUUUCAGAAUCUGGUAUCAGAAACUACUGGCUGCUCUCCAAUUCUGUGCUGGAAAAACCCUGAACAAUGAGUUUUCUAAGGAAGGGAAACUUAUCAGAAUUCUGGAAGACAUGGCCAAAAAAGUAAAAGCUGCCAGUGACCCAAAAAGAAAGGAGGUGUUAAAGGUGGAACUCAACAGACUUCAGCAGUUCUUCCAGGAGGUAAAGGUUUGCCGGCUUCCCCUGAAUCCCGCGCUUGUGGUCCAAGGCAUAGAGGCAGACUCAUGUUCGUAUUUUACGUCCAAUGCUUUUCCAUUAAAAAUCUCCUUCAUCAAUGCAAAUGCUCCAAGUGGAAACAUCAAUGUUAUUUUUAAGAUAGGCGAUGAUCUACGUCAAGAUAUGCUGGUUCUGCAAAUUAUUCGAGUGAUGGACAGUAUUUGGCUCCAAGAGGGAAUGGAUAUGCAAAUGAUAAUUUAUAGGUGUUUAUCUACAGGAAAAGGCCAAGGAUUGGUACAGAUGGUACCAGAUGCUAUCACGCUAGCGAAGAUCCACAGGGAGUCUGGACUGAUAGGACCAUUGAAAGAAAACACAAUUAAAAAAUGGUUCCGUCAUCACCAUCCUCUGGAAUCAAGUUACCAAGAGGCAAUAAGGAAUUUCUUUUAUUCCUGCGCUGGCUGGUGUGUUGUUACCUUCAUUCUGGGAGUCUGUGAUCGACACAGUGACAACAUAAUGCUGACAAAUGCUGGACACAUGUUCCACAUAGAUUUUGGAAGAUUUUUAGGUCACGCACAGACAUUUGGAAGCAUAAGAAGGGACCGAGCUCCCUUCAUCUUCACAUCAGAGAUGGAGUAUUUCAUCACAGAAGGUGGAAAAAACCCACAGCGUUUUCAAGAGUUUGUGGAACUUUGUUGUCGAGCUUAUAACAUAGUCAGAAGACACAGCCAGUUACUCUUGAACCUGCUGGAGAUGAUGCUGCAUGCAGGAUUGCCCGAGCUAAACACCAUUCAGGAUCUGAAGUAUGUGUAUGAUAACCUCCGUCCUCAGGACUCAGACCUACAGGCUACAAGCUACUUUACAAGGAAAAUCAAGGAAAGUUUGGAGUGCUUUCCUGUUAAACUCAAUAACUUGAUCCACACACUUGUACAGAUGUCAGUGACAGGCUCUGCAAAACCUCCAGCUCCAGAGACGAUCCCCCAAGAAUGGAUGAUGCUGGAUGCAGAGAAGUCAAUCGCAAGAGCCACCAUUUUGGGGUUCAACAAAAAGUCUGAGUCCCUAUAUCUAGUCCAGGUGGUGCAAACCUGCAAUGUGGUCACUUUUGUGGAAAAAUCAUUCGACCAGUUCUCAGAACUUCACAGCCAUCUCCAGAAGCAAUUUCCGUCACAUGUCCUCCCAGAGUUUCCCCCCUCAUGGCAUUUACCUUUUACAGAUCUUGAACAUAAAAGAGUGAAGGAUUUGAAUCUCUAUCUGAAGCAGCUAUUAAGUGGAUCCAGGAAACUGGCUAAUAAUGAGCUUGUACUCAGCUUCUUCUUGAAUUGGUCCAAAAAUACCUUGGCAGAAGAUUCAUCGUCCGUGACCUUAGGUCCUCAGUCAACUGAUCAUAAGCCUGGAGUACAAUUAGUCAUAUCCUACGAGAGCACCCGUCUGACCAUAAUGUUGAAACACAUGAAGAACAUUCGCCUCCCAGAUGGCUCUGCCCCAAGUGCACAUGCUGAAUUUUAUCUUCUGCCGGAUCCUUAUGAGGUCAGUCGAAGAAAAACAAGAACAGCUCCAAAAACCUCUGACCCUACUUACAAUGAAAUUGUUGUGUAUGACAAAGUCACAGAGCUCAAAGGCCGUAUACUGAAGCUUGUUGUGAAAAGCAAAGGAACAUUUGUAGGAGCUGUUAACAUUCAACUGAGCAGUGUCCAGUUAAAUGAAGAAAAGUGGUAUCCACUGGGAAACAGUGUAAUUUAAAUGUCGUCUAAGCUAAUUCAAUUAUUUAUCCACUAAUGUUUCUUUAUCCCAUUUCCCCAUGGUACAUUUUGUCUCAGUUGCCCUUGAGAAUAUGCAGUCCUCUGCUGAUCACACACCUUAACAUUUCUAAUCAUAAGGCUGUUGUCUUAAAAUUGCUACCAUCUUCCUGCAACAGAUUCCUCUCAGUAUGAGUUUAAGAAAUCACAUGCUAAGAACUUGUAGCAGCAUGCAAGAAAUUCUUACGACGGCAAUAAAGAUUUUUGGUUUGUUCAUAUUAAAUAGUACUGUAAAAAUACUAAAUUCUGUACACAUCAAAGUGUGGGGCCUAAUUCUUUGCCCAUUAAUUCCACUGACUGUGUUGAAAAAAUGCUGAUAAUGGUGUAACUUAUCAGCAUCUGCUAUGGCCCCACUGCGUAUGAUGAUUUCACCAGAGAAUCAUGGAAUGGUUCCCUGGCUGCCAAUACAUUUCAGAUGUCUAGCAAAUUUCAUGUUAUCUUAUACAAUCAAUACCUUUUUUUUUAAAAAAAGAGCUUAAAAGCUUUGCACUUUAUACAUUUUCUGCAGUGUGUGUUAGUGUGCUUUUAACUUUUUAUAUAAUGUAGCAUUCAAUCCAAAUAUUAAUUUGUCAAUAAGAUACGUCAUUGUUUCUUUUAGUCUGACAUCCAAGAAGCAGAUAUAACUGGUGAUUUGUGAGGAGAAAGGAGGAGGGAGAAGCUAAUAUUCACAAAUAAAUAAAACAUAUUGAAUGUGA